ACCCUUUCGGAUUCGAUACCCAGGCCAUUUGCGGAUGUUUAUUUUCUGUGCGUAACGGGGCGUGUCGGCUUCUCAGAGAUAAAAGCCCCGGUGUUUCAAUCUACAUCCUUCAUGUGACUCCAUCUUUCUGAGGAACAUAGGACGAGCAUCUGACGGAAAGAUGGCAGCAGCAACCCCUCUGGCUACAGCCAACACCAGCUUCUCUCUGGCUCUGCUCAGGAAGCUGGGGGACAACGACAACACUGCAAACGUCUUCUUCUCUCCUUUCAGCAUCUCCUCAGCCCUGGCCAUGGUGAUGCUGGGAGCCAGAGGCAACACAUCUGCCCAGAUGUCAGAGACCUUGAAAACCCUGAAUAUUCAGGACGACGUCCACUCCAGCUUUGCCCUGCUGCUGAGAGAGCUCAACAAGCCAGGUGCUCCAUAUGCCCUGAGUGUCGCCAACAGACUCUACGGAGAGCAGUCCUACCAGUUUCUUCAGGAUUUCCUUGAGAAAAGUAGGAAGCACUAUGAAGCAGAACUGGAGACGGUGGACUUUUCCAAAAACUCCGAAGCAGCCAGGGUCAACAUCAACAACUGGGUGGAGAAGCAGACACAAGGUAAAAUUAAGGAUAUCCUGGGUAUGGAUGCAGUGAGCGGGAUGACCAGGUUGGUGCUGGUCAAUGCAAUCUACUUCAAAGGCAACUGGAACAAGCAGUUUCAGGAGAGCUCCACCCGCGAGGCUCCGUUCCGAAUCAACAAGAAUGACACAAAGCCGGUGAAGAUGAUGUACCAAGAGUCAAAGUUUCCCCUGACCUUCAUCUCUGAAGUCAACUGCCAGAUCUUGGAGAUGCCGUACAAAGGGAAGGAGCUGAGCAUGCUUAUCUUUUUACCCUCUGACAUGGAGGGUACAACUGGUCUGGAGAAGCUGGAGCAGGAGUUGACGUAUGACAAGUUCAUGGAAUGGACCCGUCCAGACAUGAUGAAUGUAAAGGAGGUCGAGGUGCGCCUGCCUCGGUUCAAGAUGGACGAAAAAUAUGACAUGAAGAACGUCCUGAUGAGCAUGGGCAUGGUGGACGCCUUCGACCAAGGAAAUAGUGACUUUUCCGGCAUGUCUCCUGCCAAUGACCUGUUUGUGUCAGAGAUUUACCACAAGGCCUUUGUGGAAGUAAACGAGGAGGGAACUGAGGCUGCUGCUGCCACCGCCGCUGUCAUGAUGCUGCACUGCGCCAUGAUUCCUGCCAAAUUCAUCGCGGACCAUCCUUUCCUCUUCUUCAUCAGACACAACCCCUCCACGACCGUUCUCUUCGCUGGUCGCUACUGCUCACCCGUAUGAGCACCGGUCAUUUAGAGCAACGUUCCUGAUCAGGAGGGAGGUUACAACACAGUUAAAACAGCAGUGAAAUUAAUUGGACCGAGGAAGCAGAGUUGGUUCAGAGCUCCCUCUUGCUAAUCCCUCCUCUGGUUUCCAUCCUGUAAAUUUAACACCAGUGCAUACAAGUUGGAUAGUUUCCUCCUUUUAUGUGCCUUGCUAAAAUGUCAGUUUCUCACACUGUUUAACCCAACAUUAUCCUUUGCAGGUUGUAUUUGUCCAUGUUUGUAAUGCCUGCAUAGCUCUGUUUGCUGCAGCUACUUUAUAUCAUGUGUCCUUUUUUAAGGACUUGGCUUUUCAUCAACUGGCAGCAUAAACACAACUUAACCCCAUGGUUGCAACAUCAUUUGCACUUCAUCUUCACAAAAUAUUAGAAUAAAUAAUUGAUUACACUUGAUGCAGAACCAAAGAGAAGUGACCAUAUGCAUGAAGCUUUUCUGGAUUUUAAAUGACAAAAAAAGGUUUGACUUGCAAACCUGCUGUCUCAUAUAGUUUAUUUGAAAGCAGACCUUGUGGAAUAGAGUAAGAUGUGGUAAAUGUGACAUCAAGGAUGUUUUCUUGCCACUGGGGGUGGGCAGCAUGGGAUUCUCACUGUAUAAGAAGCUUAAAUUCUGCAGUAUUCAUACAAAAUAUUUAAACAAUGUAAAAAUGUAAAUUGCUUUUAUUUAAGGCAGAGAAACAAAUUAUUCCAACUGCUGCACAAAUAAUGUAACAUUGAUGUUAAAUUAUUUAAAUUAUUAUUACUUAAAUAAUUUUUAUAGUUUAUUAUAUUAAAAGUAAAAAUUGAUGAUAUGUUGCAGAAAGAAAAGUGGUCAUACUCUGUACAACUAAGCCAAAGAUUAUUCAUACCCUCAGCAUAUUUAGAUUUAUUUUAAUCUAUUCAUUUUUACUGAUAUAUUUCCUUUGACUCAAAGUAAUAUUAACAUCCAGCUCAACAAGAGAAUUGACUUAAAUCUGUGGAUAGAGCUAAAGAUUAGGGUGGUGGCCAGGGGGCCUUCCAACCUCAAACAUUUGGAGUUCAUCACCAAACAUCAAUUGUCAAAAAUACCAGUGGAAACUUGCAUGGUCAGCAGUUAUUCAUAGAAACAUGUUAUUUAUUUUCAGACCAUCGUACGUUGCUUGAUUGUUUUUUGAGAGACACCAAUCCCAUUUCCUGUCAGAAAGAAACUUCUUGGUUGAACUGAAAUAAAUUUAAAUCUAAAUCUACCAGGGGCUUUGAAUAAUUUUGGGCUUAGUUUUAAGUAAUUGUCAUUGUUCUGUGUGUCCCAAGGUAUGGGACAAGCUCCACCAGAGCUUUUGAAUCUAAUAGAUGAUGAGAUGAGGGGAGCAAUUGAUAAUGUUUUUGUUAAAGCUGCUUUCCAGACCUUUCUGUACAAUUAAAGUUGCUUUAAACAUAGUUUUUACUUAUAAAACAGCAUGCCAAGGUCAAUUUUUGUAAUAUUUGCUUUUUUUUGUUGCAAAAUACUCAAUCGAAAUAAAAUCUACCCUCCUAAAAA